UUUUAGUUGAUGGCAACAUUAAUCUUCCGUCCAUUUUCAUUUCGCAAACUUAAAAAAACGACGACGAAAAAGAAAAAGGCAUUUCAUUUUGUCGGUUAAAAUAUUUGCUUGUUGCUGGAUAAUGUGAGCUAACUACCAUUUAUGUUGUUUAGUUUUAAUAAACAUAGUUUUAUCAAGAGGAACUGUUGAAAAUACCUUGGUAACGUUUUGAAAUCAAAAUUUGACCUGACAUCACAAAAUGGAGGAUGAGAAUGAAUAUAAGAAAUUGCCGACAGAUGAGAAAUGUGUACACAAGCUAUGGAAGGCUAGGGUCGCUGGUUAUGAAGAAGCGAUCAAGUUAUUUAACCAGAUUGAUGAUGAGAAGUCUCCGGAAUGGAAUAAAUACUUAGGACUGAUCAAGAAGUUUGUUACCGACAGCAAUGCAGUGGCUCAAGAGAAAGGUUUGGAAGCUGCGCUGGUGUUUGUGGAGAACUGCGGACAUGCCGGCAAAACGACCGGCGAGGUGAUGUCUGGCAUCGUCGCCAAGUGUAUCGCAGCGCCUAGGACUAAAUCUAAGGACCUUGCACUACAGAUAACCCUAAUGUAUGUAGAGAUAGAAAAACAUGAAAUAGUGGAAGAAGAAUUGAUCAAAGGUAUGGAACAGAAGAACCCCAAAGUGGUGGCAGCAUGCGUAUCAGCUUUACAUACAGCAUUGAAACAGUUUGGCAACAAAGUGAUAGCCAUCAAACCUAUGGUGAAAAAGAUUCCCAUACUACUAUCAGACAGAGACAAGGGUGUUCGAGAUGAAAUGAAGGCACUCGUUAUUGAAAUGCACAGGUGGAUAGGAGCCGCCAUAGAGCCCCACAUAGCGUCCCUGCAAGCUGUGAUACAGCAGGAGCUGAGAGAAUCGUUCAGUGGGGGCGGUGGCGGCGCACAGCCUACGCGGUACCUCAGGUCUCAGCAGAACAGGGUCCGGGAUGCUCCUGCUGCUGAUUGUGCUGAUGGAGCGGCUGAAGACGACGACGCUGAAACUGGCGGCGGAGACUCAGGGGAUAUGGACCCUUACGAUUUACUAGACCCAGUGGAGAUCCUAUCCAAACUACCGAAAGACUUCUACGACAAACUGGAAGCCAAGAAAUGGCAGGAAAGGAAGGAAGCUUUGGAUGCUUUGGAGAAUCUUCUCAAAUCAGCCCCGAAACUAGAACCUGGAGAUUACGCUGAUUUAGUCAGAGCUUUGAAAAAGGUGAUAUCAAAGGAUACAAAUGUAAUGCUGGUCGCGUUAGGCGGUCGUCUCCUCGGCAUGGUCGCGUCAGGUCUUCGCAACAAAUUCUCACCAUACGCCUGUGCGUGUGUGCAAGCCAUACUCGAAAAGUUUAAGGAGAAGAAAACUAAUGUCGUCACUGCCCUCAGAGAAGCUAUAGAUGCUAUAUAUCCUUGUACAAAUCUUGAAGCCAUAAUGGAGGACAUGCUAGCAGCUUUCGACAAUAAGAAUCCGUCAAUCAAAGCGGAAAGUUCCCUCUUUUUAGCCAGAGCUCUGUGCCAUACUCAGCCCGCUGCCUUCAACAAGAAACUCAUCAAGGCAUAUGUUGCUGGCUUACUAAAGUUGUUGGAGAGUGCAGAUCCCUCAGUACGAGACGCGGCAGCUGAAGCUUUAGGUACAGCAACGAAACUAGUAGGAGAGAAGAACAUAGCACCUCAUAUUGGCAAACUAGAACCCUUGAAAGAACAGAAGAUCAAGGAGUUUGCGGACAAGGCUGUGAUACAAGUCAAAGUAGCCGCUCCGAAGAAGGAAGCAAAGAAGCCAACGCCAUCGCCAUCUGCCAGGGGCGAUUCUAAACCUACCGCCGGUUCUUCACAACCGAAACCAGUUAGACGACCUAACUCAGCAAAACCCCCAGCGAAGAAGGCUCCUGCGUCCCGCGGACCACCCACCCCACCGCGGGAACAGGAGUUAUCCCAGGAGGAAGUUGAUGCUAAGGCUGAGAUGCUCUUCCCUGCUGAUGUAAUAUCAGGUCUUGGCGACAGCAACUGGAAGACUCGUUUAUCAGCAGUCCAGAGUUUCCAUAGUACAGUACAAGGGUUAACCUCAAGCGAUGCGACCUCACAAGUGUUGUACCGCACGCUGAACAAGAAGCCUGGCCUGAAAGACACCAAUGUACAAGUGCUGAAAGCCAGGGUCGAAGCUUGCAAAUACAUCACUGAGAACUUCCCUGUUUCCACGACAGCAGCGGACUUUGUACUCCAAGAUGUAGUCACCAAAUUAGGAGAAGCGUCGUGUGCAUCGAUUUGUGCUGACUGCCUUACCUCUUUGGCCGAGGCGUGUGGUUUAGAACAUGUCCUCAAUGAGGGACUGACUUACGCUAUGGACUCACAGAAAAACCCUAAAGUACAAUCGGAAAUGUUCAACUGGAUGGCCAAUGCUAUCAAGGAGUUUGGGUUUAACAUGAACAUCAAAUCAAUCAUAGCUCACUGCAAGAAGGCUCUAACGGCCACAAACCCCAAUGUUCGUACAUCUGCGGUGAACUUCCUCGGUAUACUGUCACUUUAUGUGGGACCUUCCCUGAUCAACCACUUUGACAGUGAGAAACCAGCUACUAAGCAGCUCAUCAGUUUGGAGCUAGACAAACAUGCUAAUAGCACUCCUCCUACACCCACAAGACAGAUGGGAACUGUUAGCAAGUCUGCAAGCAAAGCCUCAGUGAACGACAUAGAGGAAGCGUUUGAGGACGCCACGGAGGACGAGCCCGCCGUAGUGGAGGACAACAGACCACGCACUGACAUCGCGCCGCUCAUCACUGAAGCACUCAUUGCUGAGAUCAAUGACAAAAACUGGAAGGUCCGUAACGAAGCUCUGGAUAAAGUGAAGGCUAUAAUAACAAAUUCGUCGCCCAUCAAACCGUCUCUAGGCGAAUUGCCUGCGGCGUUGUCAGCGCGUCUGUUAGACUCCAACUCGAAACUCGCACAGAGUGCUCUGCAGAUCUGUGAGGCUUUAGCUUCUGCAAUGGGGGUCAAAUGUAAAUCACACGUCCGGACUUUCUUCCCUGCAUUUUUCCAAGCUUUCGGUGACAGCAAGCAAUGGAUCCGCGCGGCGGCAGUAUCAUGCGUUGAGACCUGGUGUCGUGAGGCGGGUGCACAGUGCCCCUUGGAGGGGGAGAUGCUGUACGAUGCACUCAAGUCUGGUAGUCCUCUGCUCAGGGCUACUUUACUGCAAUGGCUGGCAGAACAUUUGCCUAAUGUUCCACCAAAAUCGUUCCCCCGCGAAGAGCUAACAGUAUGCGUGCCAAUACUCUACGCGUGCCUCGAGGACCGCGCAGCCGACGUGCGUAAGGUGACCGGGGACUGCGUACUGCCCUUCAUGUUGCAUCUAGGGUACGAAGCCAUGCACAAACAGUUGGAUAAGUUAAAGCCUGGCUCCAAAACAGUAGUACAGGCAGCUUUAGACAAGGCUCGACCGAGCUUGCCAGUACAGCCACUACCGCCAUCUAAGGGCAAGAAAGAGGAACAACGCGGCGUCAAAUCCGCCGGGGCACUCAAGAAGGAAGCCGAGAAGAAAGGCACUGCUGUUAAGGGCAAGGGACCAGUAAAAUCCGCAUCAGCAUCAGGUCGCGGCAAGAAAGAUGACGAGGAUUGCUCGCCCCUCCUACCGAAUAACAACGCUAAGAACCAACGCAUCAUUGAUGACCAAAAACUCAAAGUAUUGAAAUGGAACUUCACAACUCCCCGUGAGGAGUUCUUCGAACUUCUAAAGGAGCAGAUGGCUACCGCUGGAUUGAACAAGCAAUUAGUUGCUAAUAUGUUCCAUAAUGACUUCAGAUACCACUUGAAAGCAAUAGAGGCCUUAUCAGAAGACUUACACGAGAAUGGUCAAGCGUUAAUGGCGAAUCUGGAUCUGGUCCUCAAAUGGUUGACCCUCAGGUUCUUCGACACAAACCCGUCUGUCAUCCUCAAGGGUUUGGAGUACUUGUCCAUUGUCUUCACCUAUCUAAUGGACAGUGAUUACACCAUGCCGGAAUAUGAAGCGAACUGUUUCAUACCUUAUCUAGUAUUGAAGGUCGGUGAUCCCAAGGAUACGGUGCGCAACGGCGUUAAGGCUCUGUUCAAGCAGAUAUGCGUGGUGUAUUCAGUUACCAAGUUGUUUGGAUAUUUGAUGGAAGGACUCAAAUCUAAGAACGCGAGGCAGAGAGCUGAAUGUUUAGAGUGCAUCGGUCAUUUACUGGAAACCUACGGGUCGACGGUGAUGGGCAGUGGUGGUAGCGGGGCUCUGAAAGAGUUGGCACGCCAUAUUGGAGAUAGAGAUAACGCAGUCAGGUCCGCGGCACUCAAUUGUGUCGCUUCAGCUUACUUCUUGGAGGGAGAGAAGGUUUAUAAGAUGAUUGGUCAGAUAUCCGACAAAGAUUUAUCGUUACUGGAAGAGCGUAUCAAGCGCGCGGGCAAAUCCCGCAGCGCGGAGUCGCGGCGGUCUAUGCUGGUCCCGCUUACUGCGUCUGGCAGACCUGUGCAGAUACAGCAAGAGGAACCGGAACCUAGACGUGUAAUAACAGUGGACACGACUCCCGCGGAGUAUGAGGAGGAGGAAGAGGAGCAACCUCCUGCCCCCGCACCAUUGCCAGUUGCUCCACCAGAACCGAAGAUCAUAACAGGUCCGUUCGGUCUCGACCCUGAAUUGAUCGCGCAACUAGACGCAGCUGUGCCAGUACUAAGGCAACCAGAUGUAGCUGAAAUAGACCUCAAGUUCCUCGACGAGCCCAUACCUACUGGCACAGUCAGACCUCAAAUGACACAUACACAACCACCAAUUAGGUCCAGCAUGGUCCCGAUGUCCCCGCCGCGCCAUACAGCCCCGCACCCCCUGGUGACGCCGCAACCACACUCGCUCACCUCGCACGUGGAUGACUCGCAACUGGCCGACACCAUACACUCCAUUGCAAGCCCGGAUUUGAAUGCGGCGAUCCGCGCGCUGUCCCUGAUAUCUGGCGCGCUGGUGUCGGGUCGCGGCGGCGCGCUGGCCCCGCACGAGGCGCGCCUCGUCUCCGCCAUCGCCGCGCAGCUGCGCAGGCUGCGCGCCGCGCCCGCGCACGACGCGCUGCCGGCAUACAAGUACCUCGCUAGCGCACUCACCACGUUCUACGAGACAGCGGGCUGCGGUGCCCACGUGGGUGAGGCGGCGCUAUGUUCCCUGGUGGGCGAGCUGCUGCGGGUACUGGGCGCCGGCGCCGGGGCCGCGGGCUCCGGGCCCGAUGCCGAGCGACUCGUGCGCAUACUCAACAAUGUCUGCGUUAGAGUGCUUGAACAUUCGCCCAGGACGCCGCUCUUAUGUGCAAUAGUAUCUCUCCUUCACGAAUCUAUCGGCGUAUCGGACCCGGCGUACCCUCGUUAUCAAGAUCUCCUUCUCAAGUGCUUCUGGAAGACCCUGAAAAUGAUUUCCACUUGGGACGUCAACUCUAUUGAUUAUGACGCUGUACUGUACAGAAUACACCUGUUCUAUAAGGCCUACCCUAAUAGCUAUUGGAAGAAGAACCCUGAUAUUAGUGAUACACCCUACAGGACAGUGAAAACAUUAGUGCACACUCUAGUCAAAAUGAAGGGAAGCUCCAUCACAAACCACCUCACACAAAUACCAGACGUCAACGAGUCUGACCUCUAUCCAUAUCUUCUGAAAGUUCUCAAGCAAUUGAAACUCGACGAGAAAAAAGAAAACACGCCUGACGCCUUAAAUGGUGGAUCUGUGCUUGCAUCGGUACCUCCCAACAACGCGGCGUUGGCUGCAGGCAGACUGCCGAGGGCUGUCCAUGAGGAACUGGCGCUCAUACUCAAGAGGAUUGGCACUAAGGAGCAUAAUAAAGACGCUUUGUCACAGCUUUAUGAUCUGCGGGAGCGCCACCCAGAGGUAGACAUCUGGACGUUCAUGCAAGGCUCGUCGUUCUACUUCCGUAACUACGUGGAGCGCGGCCUGCGGGAGGUGGCAGAGCAGAGGAAACUCGCCUCUAUGCCCAUAUACAAACACGACUACAAGUCUGAUAAUAUUGACAUAAGCAAUGAAAACGACGAAAAAUCACAUGUGAUGUUCUUAGAAAGACUUCGAGCUUUGCAGGCCAAAGCCGGUUUAAAAACAGAGUCAUCACCAUCGUCACAGCCUCGCACGCCGAUAGGCGACAACCGAACACUAGUCGACUCUAUCAACGAGAACACGUUGCCACGAACACACAGCAUCGAUCCACAGCUUGAUCUACACACAACACAGACGCUAUCACAACGCAACGAGGCCGAAGUAGACGCCCUACGCCUGAAGCUACAACAAAUUAAGAGCUCCUCCAAGAGAUAAGGCCACACACGCACCAUACACGGAAUUGGUAGCUCUCUCAUCAACGUCAUUGAUUUACUAGCACUAUAAAGCAAUACUUAUAAUCGAACAAUUAGUCGAGUGGUCAACUAUUUGACUAAACAAACAUUUCAAAGUUCAUUUUAAUUGACUUAUUCGUCUUGCCUCAAAUAACUCGAACAUUCUUAAUCUCAUUUCUCAUCUAAUUUGUAAGACUAGGCCUAUGCGUGUUCCGAGGUAGCGUCCAUUGAUCCCUUACUGAGUGGAACAUGACAAUAUAGUUUCAGUAUCGCCUUGCACAGGGUAUAACGCUUCGUGUAUUGAAAACUUGUCUAAGUAAGGGGUCACAUUGUUGUGCGGUUAGGAUAAAUUUGACUAUCGUGUCUAUUAUUAUAUAUGGUCAAUGUUUGGUGGUUUUGAUUCACAGCUAAAUAGUAAUGGUUCGCUAAUUUGCUAGGUACAUUAACUAUGAUUUCAUUUUAAUGAUUAUGUUAACAUUUAUUUAGCAAAUGAGCGAACUUAUAUUAUGACUCGUUAAUUAAUAAUCUAAUUGUAAUGUAUGUAUUGCUGGAAACAUGAUGAAAAAAUGUCUUUUUAUGAUUUUCCAGCUCAAUGUUGGUCACCAAUAAAAAACUUACAAUAACUAUGAAAGUUUUGAACAUUUAACUCAACUAACAUAAUAUUUUGUUAGAUUCAAAAAGUUUUUUCUAUUGGUGGGCAAAUAUUGUUACACAUGGAUAAUCUUGCUUAUAAAAUAUACUAAACAUUUGAUGUUAAAUUAAGUGUGAAUAGGGAAUACCCAAAGAUGAAUUAAAAAAAGACAUGAUGAAAUCAAAGAAAAUAAAUUUUGCACCAUCUUUAUAUGAGAAUAAGAGGCGCAUGGAUUUAAAUUUAAUAUUGUAAUAUUGUUCACCGAUUAUAUCGAACGGUAAAGUCAAUACCUCCUAACUGUCAUUUUUCGAUUGAAUCACUAUUUUAUCGCAUAUUUAAACUUAGAUGCGUUAUUCGCAUUUUGGACAAAAUCUCCUAAGUGAAUAACUGUAACAACAUUAAAUUGAAAUAGCUCUCAAAAAUACCAUGUGAUACAAUUUUUUAUAGAAGGUAUUGAUACUUCACUGUCGAUAUACAAAUCAUCUCACAGUGUGUUUCAUUAGAUAAUUGCACUCAUUGUUGCACUUUGAUGGGGUAUUACAUAAAUGGAGCGCUUACUCGAACAUUCUGGAAUAUUAAAGAGGGUUGGAAACAAAUACAUAUAAAGUUCACUUCCAUGUUAAAAAAACUAAAAUUGAAAUAGUUAAAAAUAAACCUUUUAUUUUCUUUUAUUAUUAUCAGAAUUAAUUAUGGAUAUACACAUUUGUAAUAUUGUCAAGAAUGUAAAGAAGGACGCGGAAAUUUUUGUCGAGUAUUGCGUAGGGUCACAGUCUGUUUAUACAGUAUAGCAAUAACGAUUAAUGACUGCUCUUGCUAAUUAGGAAGUAUCUUAACGAUGUCUCCGUAAUAAUGCGCGUCAUAUCUCGCUAUGCUUUAUACUCAUUUAUUCAUUCAUUCAUUUGUUUUUUAAUCUGUAUGUCGCAGUUCUUGAACAAAUCAUGUAUUUUGUACUAGCAGUUGUGCCCCAUUCACGUUUCAUAACUAGAAUUAUGAAGCAUCGUCAAUCAUAAUUAUUUUAUUACGUAUGCUUCAAUAAUGCAAAUCAUAAUAGAUGUUCUGUAUUUGUUUAUUGUCUAAUGCAAUUGUUUAGAAGUAAAUUUUAUAGAAUCGAAUGGUACUAAAAUCUGUGGUGUAGUCACUUAAAAUGUCGAUGUAUACCAAAUUUAUUGAACAGCAUAUAAUGUUAGUAUUUUUAAUAUGAUAACGAAGUAGCCAUUUAAAACGUAAUACGUAUACCUUAGCCAAUCCAUACAAUGAAUAAUCAAUGUUUAAUUUUAAUUAAUAUUCGAAAUGAUGCUGAAUAGCCAUUAAAGAACAUUGACUCUAGUUUUGUAUCUAUGAUUGUUCAAUGUAGUUUUCAUUCAACUUGAAAACUAUUAUUGAUGAUGUAUAUUGUGUUACUAAUAACAAGUUGUUUAAGUUAAUUUUGUAUGUAUUUUUUUCUAUUGGAUUUGUGUUGAGUUUUUGUGUUCGUUUUGUGUUUGGAGGUUGCUAUCUUUAAUGCAAUACUCGUCGAGUAUGACACGCGUGGUUUGUUGGGUGACAAGAAAGCAAGUCUUUCUGAUAUGGUACAAUAAAGUUUUAACAUUAUUUUUACCCUAUUCUCGUACAAGAAUGCUGUUUUGUAAUCCAACAACUGCUCGAGUCAUCUUACAAUUUUAUUUCUCUAUUAUUAUUAACUCAAUGAGUGAUUGUUUGAAUUGAAGAGUUGUGUUUGGAGUGUUAAGUUACAGAUGUGCGACCAGUCGUCAUCCAGUAGGUUUGUUAGAAAACUUGUAAGAGCUGAGAUGAGGCCAUAUUUUUAUAUAUUUUAGUACCCAAGUUCAUACAACCUGAGAUUAUCGAUACAUUCCUCCCAGUAUUGGAUUUUUUUGUACCAAAUUGUGUGUCCAUUAUCAUCAAACUAUUUAUAUAACAUUUCAUCAGUUCACCUAUACUCAUUAUUAGAAAGUACCAGUUUUCAAAGACGUUGCGAAAUAGCGUUGUCCAUAAUGAAUGUAUAAAAUGCGUUUGGACGCGGUCCUCAAGAGUACAGAACUCAAAAUUGUUACAAGUGAAACAAUAAUGAAUGAUGAACUAUCCGAAGGUUCAAAGUUAUUAAUUUCAUGUUAGUUGACUCUGUAGUAUGAGUUUAUUAUAGUUUCAUAACAUAAUUAUAAUAAAAACAAUGUACUCGAUAUGUUAAAAAAUAUUCGAAUCGCUUAUAGAUAAGAAACUCACUAUUUUACGAUUCCUAUUCAAUUUACUGUAUGAAAACUAGGACCCGUAGAUUUGUUAUUAUUCAAGUUUAGAAUUCAUUUUAUUUGAUAGGUACAUGUUGAUUCCAAUUUCUGAUUCGUUAAAUUAGGUUAGUAUAUAUGAUUGUCUUUAGUAUAAACAUUCGCUUUUUAAACAUGACUUCAUAUUGAUUAUUGUGAGCAUUUAUUUAUUGUAUUAUGUAAAUUAAUGUUAAAAUCAUGAUGUAAUAUUAAUUAUAAUAAAGUGCAUACAACACUAAA